CGUCACGCAGCGCAAGUUGGAGUAUUUUCGUAGUUCAGUCUAGCACAUUUUAAAUAUUACCUCGGAUCAAUCGAAUCUGUGUUUACCACGCGAACUCGCGAACAUUGCUAGCAGCGUAAACUCGCCAGCUUGAUACGUCGUCGACACCGAGAACGAUCAAAAGCGAUAAUAGAAGGCAUCCAGAAGGCCGGCUCGAUCGAGACACGCACGCACUCUCUCUAUCUCUCCGUCUCGCUCUCUCGAGCCAUCUCGCAGCUCGACUCAUCCGAGACGUAUCCGGACGGCUCUCGUGCAGGAGGGCGAUCCGUCUGUCACGAAUCUCGGCUCUCCCGAGUAGAAGAUUUUCACGCUAGAAAGCGGCCGUCCAGCAGGGCGAUACCAUUUUAUAUGACUUUACUUCGACAACGAGAAACAUUCAGGAUAUCAUCCAGAGGGAAAGGAUCGGCGUGUAGCAAAGGCGGCGGCGACAGCAGAACACUAUCAUCCGACCGGCGAUCAUUAAACGGCAACACCAUCACCACCCACGAUCGUUUGUUCCCGUGCGAGUUAACCAGCGAGUUAACGUCGACAUUAUUACCAACUUGGUACCGACUACCGGGCUUUCUUAGGGCGACGAGCGACGGACAGGCAGCGUGUAUGAUCAUUGAGGACUAUCCCCCUACCCCGCCCGCCACCGCCAAACCGAGGCAACACCCGAGGCAUCAAGAUACCACCCAACGAUUCCUAAACCUCCACCUGGUCCUGCCUAAGCACAGGACCUCAAAAUUUUCCAGUAAUAGGCAUCGGAAGCUACAACCGUUCAGAGAAACGUGACUGGUAUCAGCAGCGGGUAGCGGCGCGGCACGCCUAACCGCUGACAAGGACUACAACCCUGAGAAGAGGCAGAACCAUCCUGACUCGACACGCUGUUGUUACGAGCCGCCGAGUGCAGGUAGCGACUGUUACCUGUUACUGGCCACUGCCGGCUACCAAACUGCCGCUGGCUGGAAACGUGCGACAGAGGAGAUUUAGAAGGACCAGGACGAAGACGUUACCCACCUGAGGAAGAAGAGGGAAGAAGAUCGCACAGCGAAUCCAAACGUCAUCACGAUCUGCUCAAGAAUCGAUCUUUCCAUUGCGAUUCAUUGAUAUUUUCACAACGACGUCUCGUCGGAGAUUAUUGUCAACUGGAAAAGUCAAGUCCGUUAAAAGCAAGAGAAGGCGGAAACAGCAGUCAUCAUGGGGAGCGUAAACGUCAAUCGCAAUGUCAGCGACGCAUUUUACCGCUACAAGAUGCCGCGGAUUCUGGCGAAGGUGGAGGGCAAGGGGAACGGCAUCAAGACGGUGAUUGUCAACAUGGUGGACGUGGCGAAGGCGAUCGGUCGUCCGGCCACAUACCCGACCAAGUACUUCGGCUGCGAAUUGGGCGCGCAGACGCAAUUCGACUUCAAGAACGAGCGUUUCAUCGUUAACGGUUCGCACGAUGCCACGAAACUGCAGGAUUUGCUGGACGGUUUCAUCCGCAAAUACGUUUUAUGUCCCGCUUGCGACAAUCCGGAGACCGAGCUGAUAAUCAGUUCGAAGAAGGGUACGAUCUCGCAAGUCUGCAAAGCCUGCGGUCAUCAUGGCCUCUUGGAGAGCAAUCACAAGCUGAACACCUACAUCUUGAAGAAUCCACCGAGCCUGAAUCCGGCGGCGCAGGGCAGCUCAUUGACGGAGGGUAAGCGCGGCAAACGCUCGAAACGCGCCAACGGCAGCGACGCCGCGGCAGCGACCGCGACCACCACCGCCACCACCAACGGCAACGAUCGAUCCGGUUCACCGGAAAAUGAAGUCAGUAACUCUGGAGACAUCGUGGUUGAACCUCCGCCGAAAACAGUUACCAACAACGAGGAUGACUUAAAAUGGGCGGUGGACGUAUCCGAGGAAGCGGUAAGAGCUCGUCUCCAAGAUCUGACGGAGGGCGCGAAGGGCAUGACCAUUAGCGAUGAUCUUGACAAGAGUGAGAAGGAACGUAUGGAUAUGUUCUACAAGCUGGUCAAGUGCCGUCGCGACGCCGGUCAACUCGAUAACAAUCACAAGGAGCUCGUGGCCGAGGCGGAGCGUCUCGAGAUUAAGACCAAGGCGCCGCUGAUCCUCGCCGAACUGCUAUUCGAUCAGGCAAUCGCCGCACAAGCGAAGAAAUACCGCGUGCUACUGUUGCGUUUUACUCACGAUGACAUCAAGGCGCAGAGGUAUUUGAUCAGAGGUAUCGAACAAGUGAUCGCGCUGCACAAGGACACGCUGAUGCCGAAGGUUCCCGGAAUUCUCAAGUUAUUUUAUGAUGCUGACAUCCUGGAAGAGAAAGCGUUUGAUGAAUGGUCGAGCAAAGUCAGUAAAAAAUCCGUUCCGAAAGAUCUGUCGCAAGAAAUUCACGAUCGAGCUGCACCAUUUUUGACAUGGUUGAAAGUUGCAGAGGAAGAAGAGUCCGAGUCUGAAUCCGAAGAUGAUGACGUAGAGAUCGAAUAUGAUGAUAGAGCCAAGCAAGAAUCCCUAAAACAACAACAGCAGCAACCACCGGCCAUACCAAAGCCCGCCGCUAACACCACCGCUGCCGUGAACGAUGAUUCUGAUGAAGAUGACUUCGAUAUUGAUGCCAUUUAAAGCACACACCAUAUACACGUGCUUGCGCGCACACACACAUACACGUACGAACGGAUGUGAAGAAACACUGAUCGUAAUACAGGACGAAUAAUCAUUUUCUCUUAAACACAGGAUACAAAGAGUCGUUUAAAUGCAAUCUCAAGUUAUACGCCAAUAAAUAUAGGAUUUUUUUGUUAUUUUAGGCUGACGAAAAUGAGAGAGACGUAAUUAACAAUAUCGUUUACAUAUUCAUUGAAAAGAAAAAAGAAGUUUUAACUAUUCUCAAGCGUUUAAUGUGAUUUAUCUAUCUGUGUACAGUAUAUACGUGAUAUAUUUUUAACUAUUUUAACGAUGCGAUAAUUGCACGUUUACUGAAAAAAAAUCGUUACAACUUGAUUCUUAAUUGUUAUCCAAAUACUUUUUAAUGGAACUCGAAAAUAUGCGUAUACCUUGAAAUGCAUCAACUUAAAAUAAAAAACAAAUAAGGCAUUCAAAGAGUUUAUGAGCAUUACCGAGAAAUUGGCCUGCUAAAAACGUUCUCUAUUGUAUCUCUUUACUAUAUUCUAAUUAUUAUUAUUCAAAUAAAUAUGGUUUAUUGCAAUGAU